ACCAAACCUCCUGUAAAUUUCUUUGUGGCUGGCUGGCCGGGAAGGCAGUGUUUCUGAAAGAUUUGCUUAAAAUGAUGGGUUCAUCUCGAUCAGCUCGGGCCGAAACCCGUAGCCGUGCCAAGGAUGAAAUAAAACGUGUUAUGCAAGCCAUUGAUAAGGUCCGGAAAUGGGAGAAAAAGUGGGUCACCAUCGGAGACACAUCAAUAAAGAUCUUCAAGUGGGUACCGGUUGUGGAAACCAAAGGCAAGGAGAAAGAAGAUGAACAGAAGAAAAACGAGCAGUCAGCCGAUGCCAACAAGGAAAACAACCCCGAGGGAUUGGGGUCAGGGUCAGAGGUCACUGACCUGGGAAAGCAAACCGGAGACACUGAUUCAAGCAAGCAGGGAACCCCGGGGCAAGGGGACAGCCAGCAGCUUGGGCAAGAACCCCUCAGGCACAGGGACGUCACUGCCCUGAUAGAGGAUGCCAGACUGACUCCAUCAUCAGCUCUGAGCCACGACGAUUCCACCAUGGACUCAACCAUGGACUCCACCUACAGCAGCGACAAUGACGACAGAAGCAGCACAACGGGCAUCAGCGAGAGUGGAGAGCAUCGAAACUUUGGUAACUUGAAAAAAGACGACACAACCAGUCAACCUCAUGAACAGGCCUCUUUGUUGGAAUCUAAGGACUCCAGUUCCAAGACCUCGAGCGCCAGUGCACCCUCAUCUGGAAAACCAGGUGACGACAGCGAACCGCCAGCUAAGCAGCCAAGACUUCACACAGAAGCCGCUUCUAGCUGAUAGCUCCCGACAUCAUGUCUACUCUACUCCCUCCCCCCGAAACUCUCACAAGCACCACCUCUACGGGAUGCAGUGUCAACUCUCUCUUUCUCUGUCUGGUGCUCGUCCCUGAUCCUGCCUGCUGAUUAGCACAAGAGGCCAUUUUGGUUUCCGUCAGAGCACAACUCCAGGGCCCGGAGCAGUGGUUUUCUGCUUUUUUGCAGUUCAGAGACAACAUGUCAUUGAAUGACAUUCGCACCAAAUUUGUGGAACAAUACAUAUUGCACAUAAUAUAUUGAACGGUUUGGUUAGCAUUGGAAGUUAUUUGUCCCCAAGGUGUUGGCUGACUUGGAAUGCCUAGUGACGUGAAGCAGAUCGAGUCGGAAUCGGCCAGCCCCAAUGAAACUGUGGUACACAGUGUAGUUUGGCGAGCAGAAUGAGCCAUCUCUGCAGUGGCACCGUGUGCCCUCAUACUUUGUUAACGUGUGCGCUUUUUUAGGGAGACUUAGUACAUCGCAUCCCAUCUCACUGCCAUAGGACAGCGCACAUGGAAACAAAGCAUGACAUCAUUAACAUUACAGGUCUGUUGGCUUUAUAAUUCAACCUUGUACAAGCUGUUCAGUGAAUUUCUGCUUGAUGGUCUUUGAGUGUAAUGUAUUUGAGCAGCCGUGCACUUCUGAAAGGCAUGAUGCCCUAGUCUGGUGUCUGAGCUCUAUAUAAGGAUGAUGUAAGGCAUCAUCUUGCCUAGCACAUGCUAGUAUGCAUUGUACUUCACCUAGUCUCAUAACAAAGUGCUCUUUUGUGUUCAUACCAAAGACAUAUUGGAAGUCCAGGCUGGCCUGACAUCUGAUUAGUCAGAAGGGUUGAGGAGAAAAUAUUUAGACAUUUAUUCCAAAUCAAUUUUUUUUUAAAUUAUGAACCCCUUUCAGGAACUAUUUUAAUUCAUUCAUUCGUACAAAGAUGAACAAACGAAAUGACUAUAGCAGAAUUAUGUGAAGUUACCAAAACAUCUGUCUGAAAAUUGCUGAAUUAUUUCCUCGCAAUAAUGUUGUUCAGGUUCAAAAUGUACAGUCCUCUGUCCUCAGUCCUCUAAGAGAUGGAUUGAGGACUUUUUAGGGGUACGUAUCCAAAAACAUCUUUCAACAAACUAUUGAGCAAAGUUCUUUUGUUCCUCUGCUCUUAAAGACCAAGCAUUGAUUGUACAGGUCACUUUAUUGUGCUUUUUUAACACCAUUGUCCUUUUGUACAUACAACUGUUUCAUGUUCAAAUAAUGGUGACUUCUACUGCAUUUUUAGUACCGUUUAUGGUGCCCGAGUUGUGUUAUGUGUUAGGUCUGGUAACUGUACAUAAUCUACUAUCACUUAUGUUACCACUUCACGUCGAAUUUCUUGUUCUCUUUUGGUGAGCAGUUUAAGAAACUUAGGCAGAAAGAUAUUUAUUGAUAUUUAGAAUAUGCUUUAUCUCUAUUAGCUAAGAAUGCUUACUUUUCUGGUUUGUUUGAGUACUUUUGAGCCAAUAGCAACCUUUGUACCACUCACAUUGGCGUCAUUUUCUACAUCCUCUGUAAGCUUGUGGUCAACUUCAGCCAGAAUUAGAUUUUUGGGUUUUAGUUACCUUGUGUAUAAAAAUAAAAUUUCUGUGUCGUA